AGUUUAGCUUGGAGAAGUUUGCAGCAAUGCCCUUACUGAGCGGUCUGCCAAAUCCCUAUAGGAAGGAAAGAUAGGGGGGCAGGAAGAAGGGAAGGAGGAAGAGGGAGAAGGAGCAGGAGGGAGAAGAAGUGGAAGAUUGUGCUGGGAAGGAGGGGGCUUUUGGGGGUUUCUGGGGGCAAGAUGAGCCUGUUGUCAGCUAUAGAUACCACUGCCCCAGUAUACCAGCCUGCCCAGCUGCUAAACUGGGUCUACCUAUCCCUGCAAGACACACACCAAGGGGGAGCCUUUGAUGCCUUCAGACCAGAAUCCAGCAAUGCCUCACUCACUGAUCUCAAUAACUACUCCAAGAGCCCCUCAGAACUGAGCAACUCCAUCCACUCCAGCUAUCUGAGCAACUUCCUCCAGCUUCAGAGGACUGAGGCACUGGGCAGCAGCCUAUACAAGAACGCUUCUCCCUAUGGCUCCCUUAAUAACAUUGUUGACGGCCUGAGUUCUCUAACUGAACAUUUCUCGGAAAUCUCCCUCUCCUCGGAGAACAGAAAACCCAGCAAGAGGCCCCCUCCAAACUACCUGUGUCAUCUCUGCUUCAACAAAGGGCACUAUAUCAAAGACUGUCCUCAGGCUCGUCCCAAAGGUGAGGGUUUGACUCCAUAUCAAGGGAAGAAGAGAUGUUUUGGGGAAUAUAAGUGUCCAAAGUGCAAACGGAAAUGGAUGAGUGGAAACUCCUGGGCCAACAUGGGUCAAGAAUGUAUAAAAUGUCACAUUAAUGUUUACCCUCAUAAACAGAGACCUCUAGAAAAACCUGAUGGACUAGAUGUUUCUGAUCAGAGCAAGGAGCAUCCACAGCACUUGUGUGAGAAGUGCAAGGUUCUUGGCUACUACUGCCGUCGCGUUCAGUAAAAAGGCACAAGGAUUUCCGACCAAUCAACUGGCGGAGAAAGACAGGAGAGAAAAAAAAAAACACAACCGACUUGCGUAUAAACUAAUAAUAUACCUUACAAAUAUUAGAAUGUAACAUUCUUCCUGUGUAUUGUAUGAGAUAUAUUUAUAAAGUAUUAUAGCUUUUUUUUAAUCAGUGUUAACAGGGUUGCCAUCCUACUGCAGAUAGUUUUACAGCAUAUUGAGCCAAAUAAUGAUUCUUGUAUGUCUGUUAAUUAAAGGACGAGGCAAUGCAAAUGUCCCUUUUACCUCUC